CAAUUCAAAAUAUGCAUCAAACGCCAUUUUUUAUUGUAUGGUGAACCUAUUUAUAUUUUUAAAAUAAUAUUAGUUUCAAAACUAUGUCAAAUAUAACUGAUUUUAAUACCCAUCUAUUUGAUUCUGUCGACACGAAUAUGAAAUCUUCAUAUUGCAAUGCGCAAGAACAAGAAUUGAACGAUCUUUCAGAAUUCUUAAAAUUAGAACAAAACAAAUACCUUCAUCAGAAGAUAUUAUAUGACUUAAUAGAAGAAGCUUUGGAAGAAGAUCACAUGGAAACUGAAUUAAAAAUAAAAAUAAAAGAUAUAAUAUUAAGUGAAAAUGUAAAACAGACCUUGGAUUUGAGAAACUCUGAAGGAAAGGAUAAGUUACUAGGAAUUAGUGAUAGCAAUACUUUAUUAACUUAUACUGAAAGUAGCUCUUUAAGAGACUUGCUCAAAGAGAAGUUAACAAAAAAUGUUCAUAACAUUAUUGAGUCUCAUUCAGAUUGGACUGAACUCAUAGAGAGCAAUAAAUCAUUGGGCUUGAUACAGUUACCUGUUGAAGACAUGACUUUAUUAGAUUAUAAGAACAAAUUAGCAGUAGAACAAGAAAAAUAUAUAAUGAAUCUAUUAAAAUUGCAAGAAUUAUUAGAAGAAAUUAGUGAUAAGCGUGUAAUUGAACUGUCAGGAAUAAUGACUCAGAAAAUCCAAGAAUGUAAAAUAGAAGAAAAACUAAACCAUUUAAAAUGUAUUUUGUCCCAACAAAAGUGUAAAGUGGAUAUUUUUACUGAAACAAAUUGUACAUUAAAAGCAUAUAAAGAGUUAAUCAGAGGAAUUAUAGAACAGCAAAAUGAUUGUCAAAAGGAAAUUGAAAAAUUAUUAGAUCUUAAACAGAAAUACGAUCAAGUAUCUGGAAAACAGUUUGAUGAUAUUCUAAAACCAUAUCUACUCUAUAAAAGUUCACUUGAGAAGAAAAAGGUGUUGUAUAACUCCUUAAAAUGAUAAUUUUAAGUUACCAAUUUUAUAGCAGAAGCUUUUUUUGUACUUUGAAAAUUUUAAAGAAGUAAUUUUCUGUUAAUUAGAGAGGAAGAUGCUUAUUUACUGUUUUAUUAAUUUCAACUAGUGUAAAUAUAGGAAUUUAUAACUUUAAUCCAUAAAUAUCUUGUCCAGGAUCUUUAGAAAUCUUGAUUUUCAAAUAAUCAGUAUUUACUAAAAUAAAGUGUUUAUUAA